UGCAGGCUGUGCAUGGUUCAGUGUUCACCACAACCAUGAGGGGAAUCAUCCUAGCACUUUUGCUCGCAUUAGCGUGCUCUGAAAGAACCCAAAUAGAGCCUGUGUUCAGUGAAAGCAAGACAUCUGUGUAUAACUAUGAAGCUGUUAUCCUAAAUGGAUUUCCUGAAAGUGGUUUGUCCCGGGCUGGUAUUAAAAUUAACUGCAAGGUUGAGAUCAGCGCCUUUGCUCAAAGGUCCUACUUUAUAAAGAUUCAGUCCCCAGAAAUAAAGGAGUACAAUGGUGUUUGGCCCAAAGACCCAUUCACUCGCUCCUCAAAACUGACUCAAGCUCUUGCAGAUCAGCUUACCAAACCAGCAAAGUUUGUAUACAGUAAUGGCCGUGUUGGAGACAUUUUUGUUCCUGAUGAUGUUUCAGAUACUGUUGUAAAUAUCUACAGAGGAAUUAUAAAUCUGUUUCAGCUCACCAUAAAGAAAUCCCAGAACGUGUAUGACCUUCAAGAGUCUAGCGUUGGUGGCAUCUGUCACACAAGAUAUGUGCUUCAGGAAGACAGGAGGGGAGACCGGAUCAAUAUUAUCAAGGCUACAGACUUUAGUAACUGUCAAGAAAAAGUGUCCAAGGGCAUUGGUUUUGAUUUAACUGAAAGCUGUGCGUCUUGUAAACAGAUACAUAGAAACAUACAUGGUGCUGCAACUUACACAUAUAAACUGAAGGCCAGAGAUCAGGGUACUGUCAUCAUGGAAGUCACAUCUCGACAGGUCAUCCAGUUCACUCCAUUUGCUGAACGUAAUGGGGCUGGUACAAUGGAAGCAAGACAAAUACUUGUAUGGAUCGGAAGCAAAAGUGGCCAUAUGAAUCCUCCUCAGAUUCAGCUUAAGAACCGUGGAAAUCUUCACUAUCAAUUUGCAUCAGAACUUCACCAAAUGCCAAUCCAUUUAAUGAAGACUAAGAGCCCAGAAGCUCAGGCAGUGGAAGUUUUGCAGCAUCUGAUACAGGACACACAGCAGCAAAUACGUGAAGAUGCCCCAGCCAAGUUCCUCCAGCUGAUCCAGCUUCUGCGUGCAUCAGACUUUGAAAAUAUUCAGGCACUUUGGAAACAGUUUGCACAAAGAACUCAGUACAGGCGCUGGUUGCUUGAUGCCAUCCCCAUGGCUGGUACAGUGGAUUGUCUGAAACUUAUCAAGCAACUUAUUCACAACGAGGAGCUGAGUCCUCAGGAAGCAGCAGUUACCAUUACCUUUGCAAUGCGUUCUGCUAGGCCAAGCCAGCAAGCCUUACAACUCUCUGCAGAUUUUGUGCAAGAUUCAAAAGUGCAGAAAUAUAACACAGUACACAAAGCUGCUAUCCUCGCCUACGGAACCAUGGUCAAAAAGUACUGCGAUCAGUUAUCAAGCUGCCCUGAGCACGCACUAGAGCCCCUUCAUGAAUUAGCUGCUGAAGCUGCCAACAAGGGCCAUGCAGAAAUAAUUGCUUUGGCUCUAAAGGCUCUAGGGAAUGCUGGGCAGCCUGAAAGUAUUAAGCAGAUCCAGAAAUUUUUGCCUGCAAUUACUUCUAGCGCCUAUCAACUUCCUGUUGGAAUUCAGACUGAUGCUGUAAUGGCCCUGAGAAACAUAGCCAAGCAAGAACCACGUAAAGUUCGAGAAAUCCUUCUCCAGAUUUUCAUGGACCGUGAUGCUCGCACUGAAGUUCGCAUGAUGGCAUGUUUGGCUUUGUUUGAGACCAAGCCUGGUCUGGCAACGGUGACCACCAUUGCAAAUGUGGCAGCAAGAGAGAGCAAGACCAACCUUCAGCUUGCAAGCUUCACCUACUCCCAAAUGAAGGCACUGGCAAAAAGCAGUGUAGCUCAGCUGAAGCCACUGGCGGCAGCGUGCACUGUUGCUCUUAAGAUUUUGAAUCCAAGCCUUGACAACCUGGGAUACCGGUACAGCAAAGUAAUGCGGGUAGAUACAUUCAAAUACAAUCUUAUGGCUGGUGGUGCUGGUAAAGUCUACAUUAUGAACAGUGCCAAUACAAUGUUCCCAGUUUUUAUUCUUGCUAAAUUCCGAGAGUACCUGGCUGGAAUAGAGAGUGACAUACUAGAGAUUGGUAUAAGGGGAGAAGGGAUAGAAGAAUUUCUUAGAAAACAAAACACUCAGUUUGCUGAUUUUCCCAUGCACAAGAAAAUCUCUCAGAUUGUGAAAACUAUGCUGGGAUUUAAGGGACUGCCUUCCCAGAAACCUCUCCUAUCUGGCUAUGUCAAGCUUCUAGGCCAAGAAAUUGCCUUCACUAAUAUCAAUAAAGAAGUCAUUCAAAAUAUUAUUCGGGCACUGAAUGAGCCAGCAGAGAGACACACUAUGAUUAGAAAUUUGCUGAACAAGCUUCUUGGUGGAGUUGUAGGACAAUAUGCCAAAGCAUGGAUGACUGGGGAGUAUCGAUACAUCAUUCCGACCACUGUUGGUUUGCCAGCUGAGUUCAGUUUAUACCAUUCUGCUAUUGUCAAUGCAGCCGUCAACAGUGACAUCAAAGUUAAACCCAAUCCAUCAGAAGAUUUUAGUGUAGCCCAACUUCUGGAAUCCCAAGUUCAACUCAAUGCAGAUGUGAAGCCAAGCUUGAUGUUUUACAAAGUGGGUACAAUGGGAAUAAACAGUCGCCUACUCCAGGCAGGAAUUGAGUUCCAUGGCAAAGUGCAUGCACAUCUACCAGCUAAAUUCACUGCUUAUCUGGAUAUGAAAGAAAGAAACUUUAAAAUAGAAACACCUCCAUGUCAGCAAGAAAACCAUCUGGUUGAAUUAAGAGCACAGACAUUUGUUGUCACAAGAAAUAUAGAGGAUUUGGACGCAGCAAAAAAGAACCUUGUGGUGCCUAGAAACAGUGAACCAAAUAUUCUGAAGAAACACUUUGAUUCAACUGGAAGAUCUUCUGCCGAAGGAGCAAGCAUGAUAGAGGUCUCUUCAGAAAUGGCACCCAGGAAAUACUCUAGAGAACCUGGACAGCACCAAAAUGCUCCUGCUAAUGUCAACUCGUAUGAUGCCUGCACUAAAUUCUCUAAAGCCGGAGUUAAUUUCUGUAUCCAGUGCAAAACCCAUAAUGCUGCAGCUCACAGAAAUACCUUCCUUUACCAAGCUAUUGGGGAACAUGAAUUCAAACUCACAAUGAAGCCAGCUCGCACUGAUAGAGUAAUUGAAAAACUACAGCUGGAAAUAGCAACUGGGCCUAAAGCUGCUUCAAAAUUAAUGGGCUUGGUAGAAGUUGAGGAUACAAAAGGGGAACAGUUGGAUGACGUUGCAGUUCAAAAGCGACUUAAAUUGAUCCUCGGAAUAGAUGAUAGUGCAAAGAACACAAAUGUAACUGCAAUUCUACGCUCAAGGCCAAGUAAAAAAGAACACAAAGUACACAACAGAACACUUGAUGCAGAAGUUGUACAAGCUAGAAAACAACAAUCAUCAUCAUCAUCCUCCUCUUCAUCUUCUUCAUCAUCUCCUUCAUCUUCUUCAUCUUCUUCCUCCUCCUCUUCAUCUUCCUCUUCAUCUUCUUCCUCUUCCUCCUCUUCUUAUAGUCAAAGAUCUAACAGAAGGAGGCAUCAAAACCAACAGCAAGAGGAGUCCAGCAGCAGUAGCAGUCAGGAGCAGGACAAAAACAAAAAUCGACAGGACAAAAACAAAAAUCGUCAGGAGAAUAGAAAACAUGGCCAAAAGGCAUGGAGUAGCAGCAGUAGUAGAAGCAGUAGUAGCAGCAGCAGCAGUAGUAGUAGCAGCAGCAGCAGCAGUAGUGAAAGCAGCCCAUCAAGAAGCUACAAGGAAAGACAGCAUGAAAAUGACCAAAGAAAAAAACAGUCCCGUCAGAACCAACAGAACAAGAAUAAAUAUUCCAGCAGUAGCAGCAGCAGCAGCAGUAGUAGUAGUAGUAGCAGCAGCAGUGAAAUGUGGAGCAAGAAAAAGCAUCAUCGAAACUUCUAUGAUCUCCAUUUCAGAAGAGCAGCUAGAACACAAAAUACAAAACAACAAGGUUCACAAUCGUCUUCUUCUUCUGAAAGUUCUUCUUCAAGCAGUCAGAGUGUUUCUGCAAAUAGACACAAAACCAAGUUCUUGGGUGACAAACAGUCCCCAGUAUUUGUUGCAACUUUUAGAGCUGUGCUAAAUGAUAACACCAAGCAAGGAUACCAGAUGGUUCUCUAUCAAGAUUACCAUUCUUCUAAGCAGCAAAUUCAGGCAUACGUCAUGGAUAUUUCCAAAACUAGAUGGGCAGCUUGUCUUGAUGCUGUUGUAAAUAACCAAUAUGAUGCUCAGGCAAGUCUUAAGUGGGGUCAAAACUGCCAGGAUUACAAGAUCAAUUUCAAGGCUCAAACGGGUCAUUUUGGAAAUCAACCAGCACUGAAGUUGACUGCUGACUUGCCAAAAAUUCCAUCAAAAUGGAAAUCAACAGGCAAAUAUGUUGCUGAUUAUGUCCCUGGAGGAAUGUAUAUGUUGGGAUUCCAAGGUGAAUACAGAAGGAACUCUCAGCGUCAAGUGAAACUUGUCUUUGCUCUUUCUUCUCCCAGAACAUGUGACAUUGUUAUGCAAAUGCCCAGGUUUACAGUGUACUACAGGGCCUUGAGACUGCCUUUGUCAAUUCCUGUCGGCCAUCAUGCAAAAGAAAGUGUACUGCAGACCCCAACAUGGAAUAUAUUUGCUGAAGCACCCCAAAUAAUCAUGAACUCUCUACAAGGUGAAUGCAAAGUUGCCCAGAACCAAAUCACAACCUUUAAUGGCAUAGAAUUCGCUUCUGUUUUGCCUGAAAACUGCUACCAUGUCCUGGCCCAAGACUGCAGCCAUGAGCUGAAAUUUAUGAUUUUGAUGAGAAACUCAAAGGAGUCUCCUAAUCACAAGGCUAUUAAUGUCAAACUUGGCGCAUAUGAUAUAGAUAUGAACUACUCACCAAAAUCACUUAAGAUGAAGAUUAAUGGCAUUGAAGUACCAGAAGAACGCCUUCCAUAUAAAUCAUUUGCAGACCCUACUGUUGAGAUAAAGAAGAAAGGCGAUGGCGUGUCAAUAUCUGCACCAGAAUAUGGCAUUGAGUCACUUGAUUUUGAUGGACUGACUUUCAAGAUGAGAGCAGCGCUAUGGAUGAAAGGCAAGACUUGUGGAAUCUGUGGUCACAAUGAUGAUGAAAGUGAAAAGGAGUUUCAGAUGCCAGAUGGGUCUAUGGCGAAAGAUACAAUGAGCUUUAUUCAUUCAUGGAUUCUCCCUGCAGAGUCCUGCUCUGAAGCUUGCAACCUGCAACGUUCUCUUGUGCAACUUGAAAAAGAGAUUGAUGAAGCAAAUGUCAAGUGCUAUUCUGUCCAGCCUGUUUUACGUUGUGCCAAAGGUUGCUCUCCAGUUAAGACUGCUGAAGUGUCUACUGGUUUCCACUGCCUGCCCUCUGAUGCCUCUCUAGAUCUUCCUACAAGUCAAUCAAGACUGGAAAAGUCUGAAGAUUUCUUUGAAAGGGUUGAAGCCCACACUGCCUGCUCAUGUGAAACAUCCCCAUGUGCAGCAUAGAUCACUCGGAUUUCUCAACUUAUGUUUGUCAGUUACUUACAUUAUUCUUGUUAACUAAUGUUAUUAAUGAAUAACCUGCAAAUGAGCAGUACCAGCCUUGUGAAUCUGAUAUUCAUUAAUGAGCCUGUAUAUUCUAUGUUAAUUCCAAUAAAAGUGUGCAUUU